AAGGCUCGAGAAGGAAGCAUUGGUGGCACUUGUGCCAUUGCUUGGUUUUAGCCUUUUUUCGGUGCAGCGGUUCAGCAAUCAGGCAAACAUGAAUUACAGGACUGUGGUGAUGUACAUGGAGAUCGGCUGCUUUGUGGUCUCUGUGUGUGGAUGGAUCCUGGUCUGCUCCACCAUGCCCACAGAGAUCUGGACCUGGUCUGAGGUAGACAGCAUAGUUCUGACCACUUCAAACUACUUCUCCAACCUGUGGAAGGAUUGCAUAUCUGAUUCAACAGGAGUAUCUGACUGCAAGGGAAUCCCAUCAAUGCUUGCACUGAAUUGGGACAUCCACAUGUGUCGCGCUCUCAUCAUCACCUCCAUUAUUCUGGGCUUCUUCGGAUCCAUUCUUGUCUUAGUGGGAAUGAAGUGCACUAAGAUUGGAGGAUCAGAGAUUGCAAAUGCAAGAGUAACUUUUGCAGGAGGGAUGAAUUACCUUAUCUCAGGGAUGUGCUCCAUGAUUGCCUUUUCCUAUUAUGGAAACAAAAUAAGAGCGGAAUUUCAAGACCCAAAUUUCAAAGCUCAAAAGUUUGAAAUAGGUGUUGGUGUGUUUAUUGGCUGGGGAGGCUCCACCCUACUUGUUGUUGGAGGUCUUAUUUGCAGUAGCUUUGCAGGGAAGGAAGGCUGCCAGUCAAGCUCAAAGAAAAAGGGGCUCCCUGUCUACCGGUUCCCUGAUCCCUACACCGCUGUUCCAGCCAAAGAGCUCAACAUGUCUUCAGCUCGCACACAGAGUGAUGAGAGCAGAAAAUCCUGGAGCAGCAGUGAAAGCAGAGCCAGCAGUGUGUCUGGCAUCAGCAGGAGCAGCAAGACAUCUACUAUUUAUGUGUGACCAACAUUCCAAAGCUGGAAAAUAACUUAUUACCAUGUUACUGUCAUUUAUAUAUGUUUGGAUGGCAAGAUUUCUAAAGAAUUUUUGAGGAAUUAAGUAAUUGUACAUCUGAAUAAGUUUUAUUUUAAGACAUACGUAAUGUACAGAUAGAUGAGUCAUUCACAAUAAAACACCAACUUGCUGAUAAUAAUGCCAAUAUUGGUUGUUCACUGUGUCUAUCAGAUUUUUCUGUAGAUGAAU